AUGACUUGCAAGAGCCGGGCCAGGAUUACUCCAAGAUGUCAUCCAGAUUGCAGAUCUAAAGCAUUAAUUGAUAGUCUCUGCAUUUCCUGUCAGGCAAUUAAUGAGUGUCUCAAGUGUGACCCAAAUUGCGACAAGUAUUUUGUCGAGCAAGAACUCGAAACCAGCCAUUGGCCAUGUGAUAGAUGUUUAGAUAUAUUGAAAAGUAUCAAAAUGUUUUGGAAAAUUAUCAUAGAGAAAGUAUUUUGUAUUAAUAUUUCUCAAAGUGACGAAUUCGACAGUAUACAAAGCGAAAGUACUAAAAGUGUGAAAUCAGUUGCUAAACUGUGGGAGAGGGAAAUUGUGCAACAAGCUAUGUUUGUUAAAGAUAUUACUCCAUCCAUUCUUUCCAAAUCAUUUUUCAAUAAAAACGUAAAUAAAAAUCAAAAUAAUUUCCCGAAACAGAUCCCAAUUAGAAACGAAACAACGUCACGUAUUCCGACAAUGACACAUAUUCCACGUUCAACAAGAACAACAUCUAAAAAUCCUUCCAUUAAUAAAGUGAGAAGUCCCACACAGUCAAAUAUGUCUCAAAAGUCCAAAACUACAAGUGAUAUGGGAAGAUCUAGUUUCAGCUUUUCUAAAUACUAUAAUAGAUCUAAGGUUCACAGAUGUACAUCAGUCAGAAUGAAAGUGGCAGAUAAAGCUUGUGACUGCUAUUUGGAUAAAAACGAUAAUGAACUUAUAUCGUAUAAACUGAACGUCGCAUGUUUGCAACAAAGGUGUAAAACACAAGAAAGUGAACUUGAAAAGUUAAAAAAGGAGAAUAAUUUAUUAAAAUUUGAGUUACAAAAUUUCUAUAAGGUCAAUUUUAAUUCAGGUAAAAAGCUUGCCCUCGCAGAUGCUAUUCCCUAUUGUGAUAUAGCAGCAUUAGUUCCCAAAUCAGUCCAAUGUUGCGUCAAAGAUGAAACAAAAGAAAACAUUUUUAAUAAGACAGAUUCCGAGAUGAUUAUUACAAUGCAAAAUUGCAGAAAUGAGAGCUUCAAGCACGUGUCGUUUUUACAAAUAUUGCAUAAAACAAAUGAACCCUUGUUUAAAGCUGAACCGAUUGAGACUUCUACUUUUAAAAACGAAAAUCCAAUAGAGUUGUUGACCAAAGUUCGUAAUACUUUUGGAGAAAUGGUGAAAAGAGAAAUCAAAAUUGUAUCCAACAAAAGAAAUAAUAUGAAAGAUGAUAUCGAUGCAACAUUUUGCAGGCUUAAUAAAAGUAAAUCGUCACCAUCCUGUUCCACUUUUUGCACUGAUACUGUUAGUUCUGUAUCUAAUUUUGUGAGUCUAUAA